GCAGAAUCCGCUACACACUGGAGCGAGAGGCGCGCGAAAUACCUGUCAAGGAAUUAUGAGCGUGGAUCGUCUAUUCGAUGAGCUUGGACACUUCAAAAGGUUCCAGGCAUGUCUGUACUUUGCUGCUGUCUUCCAGGCCAUAGCCUGUGGAAUCCACUACCUGGCCUCUGUGUUCCUUGUGGAGAGGCCAAGCUUUGUCUGCGCCCCGCCCGGUAACGUAACUGACGUCCUGUAUGGGAACUACACAGGUGCUUCCCUGGAGGAGGUGCUACCGUUCUUUAAACCGGCGAACGGGCCCAUGGUGGUGCGGACGGUGGAGGGCAAACAGUGGGAGCUCAGCACCUGCCAGCGAUCCCAGCGGAUGAACCCCACAGACUUUACCUAUGAGCAGCUCGUCAACAGGACGACAGAGAAGUGUGACAGCAACUACCAUUACGUGUACGACCACAGCGAGGUGUAUCAGAGCAUCGUGACAGACUGGGACCUAGUGUGUGACAGGGAAUGGCUGGCCAAGCUGUGUCAGCCCACUUUUAUGAUGGGUGUGCUGGUCGGAGCGCUGGUGUUCGGGGACAUUGCUGAUAGGGUUGGCAGACGGUGGAUCCUGAUGACCACCAGCCUGUGCCAGUUUGUGUUUGGUGUAAGCGUGGCAUUUACAGGGAACUACUACCUAUUUAUGUUCAUACGCUUCCUGCUCGCCAUGGUGUCUAGUGGCUACCUUGUGGUGGUGUUUGUGUACGUGACUGAGUUCACCGGCAACAAGGUGCGCACGUGGACCUCCAUGCACGUGCACGCCGCCUUUGCCGUGGGCGUCAUGAUGGUAGCAGUCAUGGGCUACCUGGUGCGGACCUGGCGGAGCUAUCAGAUCCUCCUCUCCACCUGCACCUCCCCCUUCCUCUUCUUCUGCUGGAAGUUCCCAGAGACGCCCUUCUACCUGAUGGCUAAGGGGAGGCUCCAGGAGACCCAGGUCUUGCUAGACUCCAUUGCCCGCUUCAACGGGCUGGAGCCUGGCCGACUGAAGGCCGAGGACCUCCUGGAACCCGAGGAGGCUCUGCUGGAGAAGGAGGUGGCAGCGGGGGUAGCCCAGCCGGCAGAGCCCGAGAAGAAGCUGAGCAUCCUGGACCUGUUUGGGACAUGGAGGAUGGGGUGGAGGACAGUGACGGUGGGGGCCGUGUGGUUCAUCAGCAGCCUGGGCUACUACGUCUUCUCCCUGGGCUCUGUUAACCUAGGGGGCAACCAGUACAUCAACCUCUUCCUGGCUGGUGCGGUGGAGUUACCCUCCUACCUGAUUGGCUGUUAUGCGAUGGACCGGGUGGGCAGAAAGAGGACAUGUGCUCCGGCUCUGCUGCUGGCAGGAAUGGCCUGCAUGCUCAUCAUUGUGGUGCCAAACGACAUCGAGGUGUUAGCCAUCUUCCUCAGUAUGACAGGGAAGUUUGCUAUUGCCAUCGCCUUUGGCCUCAUCUACUUGUACACCUGUGAGCUCUACCCAACCAUCAUCAGGUCCCUGGCGGUGGGCAGUGGCAGUAUGAUGUGUCGUGUGGGCAGUGUGGUGGCUCCUUUCUGUGUCUACCUGGCUGACAUUUGGCAAUUCCUACCACAGCUGAUUGUGGGGAUCCUGGCAUUUAUAAUAGGUGUUCUGACCCUGUGGUUACCAGAGACCCUGGGUGAGCCCCUGACCAGCACCAUGGAGGAAGCUGAGGCCCUAGGCAGGAAGAAGAACCCUGAGAAGGACAAGAAAGACCCUGAGGAAGGGAUGGAGAUGAACUUGAACCAGAGCAACUAGCUGGACGUCAAGACUUGAGGGACACACCUCUCCACCAACCAGAGAGAAGGAGUGGUCCACAAAAACAGAGAGAGGGAGAGGGAGAGACUCUGACUACUAUAAAUGGUGCCAAGAAACCAACAAACAUUUACAUUACAUUUACAUUUAAGUCAUUUAGCAGACGCUCUUAUCCAGAGCGACUUACAAAUUGGUGAAUUCACCUUCUGACAUCCAGUGGAACAGCCACUUUACAAUAGUGCAUCUAAAUCAUUUAA